AAAAGCAGUGAUGAGAAUGAAGUAUAAAAAAUUUUGGAAGGAGGAGAACUGUUGAUUUGGAAUAAGACGACUAAGGAGGAGUCCUAUGGAAAUGGCAAGAUCUGGAUUGCUUCUCCUGCUACUCUUCCUCCUUGUUUUACCUCCAGACCCUUUCCAAAGUCUUCUGGUUUCAGGGCUAAAAGAGGAACAAGAUGUUGGAGAGAGAGGAAUGAUGAAGAGAGAGGAGGCAAGUGAAGAAAGAUUCGGAGGAGAGGUAGUAGCAAAGAGGUAUGCCAGUGCUGGGGGUGGUCACAAGGCAGGUGGUGCACCAGGUGCUAUGAAUCAUCGCACCAACUCACCUCACAGUGGCUCCAAUACUUGCAACACCAUCAUCCAUUUUGGCCUCACUUGCUUGGGCUUUGCACUCUUGGCUUCACUGCUUCUUCCCUAUAUUUUAUGUAGCCUUUAGAUUUGUAUGAUGUCAAGACAUGGACUUCUUUUAUUCCCAAUUUAGUAUUUUCACUUUUUUUUCUAA